AUGUCUCACUCGCUCUUCCGGCCGGUAUCGCCAGUCAUACCAAGUCUGGAUGAUUCGUUCAUUGAGGAACUACCACUACUUAUCAAAGUUGACUAUCACAAUGACCCUACAAUGGAUCGAGAGUCAAACUAUUCCACAGUGACCGUAAUUUACUCUGAUAACAAGGUACACAAUAUGAUCGCCCCAUUUGAUCGUUACCCACUGAGUGUCCGCUCGGUUUUCUCUACUUCCUCCUCUGGUUCCCAAGUGUCUCUCACUUCAGACGAUGUCGUUUCGGUGACUGAGAAGACUGUGGAAACGGCCUUAUGCUAUCCUCAAGGCAAUUGGAAACAUGACUCUCAUCUCGAUAUAAUUUCUCACUCAACCGAUUCUCGGGGCAGCAAUAACUGGUCUGCUGAUCUGCGUCCUCCUACAAGGUACAGUGGCGAGAUAGAUGGAAUUGCUUAUAUACAACUAACUGUCGGAAAACCCAGUUUGAAGCACAUGUUUGAGUUGGAAGAAUGGCUCUACGGGAGACAUAUCAUCACCUGCCUGAGGCAAGCUUGGGUUCACAUCACUCGAUUGAAGAUGUCGUUUCCGAAGGGGUCCGAGAACCAAACCACCAGUACUGAAGCGGUGGUGUUGGUGGAUGAUAAGGAAAGGGCAAUUUCACUUUGGCGGCUGACCGAUGGCUCACUCAAUAUGCAACCACUUCUUACCUCUCUACAGAGCAUGAUUGAGCCUUUCAGCUCCCUGCAACCGUCAUUACUGCAACAAAAAUGUCACGAGAUGGCAAGCAGUAUUGUUUCUCGGCCCCAUAAGAACGAUGGGACGUUUGUGAUUUCCAAAACUCCUGCUAGGCAGAGUCAGACACAAGAAAGCAAGAGAAGCUUGUCACCUGUGAAGGUAACUUGGGACACUGAAGACUUCCUGCCAUGCAGCAACUACGUAUGUGAAGCUAAACCUCACCUGGUAAGAAUGUUAGGUGAGUACUGCGAGAUAUUUUCCAACAAUGUAGCCAGACCUAAUUGGGCACGUUUACAUCCUGCAGACAAGGUCUAUACGUUGUUGAAAGAAAGCGCAAAGCAGGCAUUGGACAGAAUGGAGACUGGACAAGGUCAAGAUGAACUCAUCAUUUCGGGUCAACGACUUAUCAUAGCUCAAACUGUGGAUCCGCCUAUCUCUCCUCAAAGCCGAGACUUGUCCAGUGAAGUGUCUAUGACUAGUGCCAGAUCCCUUGAUAUUGACGACUUCACAUGGUGA